ACCGUCUUCCAUGUGGGACAAGGCUGUGAAGGGUGACACAAGGACAAGCUGCUGCUCUGGCCCACCUCCCUGCACUGGCAGGGGCUGCUGCCUUCCUCAGCUGCUGGGAUGCCUGAUGGGCUGCAAGGGUCACCCCAUCAGUGAGUGGCUGCUCCUGGGAGUGAACACUCACCUGAACAGACCCAACACCACGGCUCAGAAAGAAGAAAUUAUAUUUAAUUCUAUUAGCUUUGUGUGGAAAUAGUUGUUUCCUGCCACUGCUUUUCCUACUUACUCAAUUACUCUUCACCACAGUGAAGAGUAAUUCACCACCACUUCUUAUUCUGCCGUGCCCAAAAGCCUUACACAGGCAUCUCUCUUGCUAAUCUACUCCUAAUAAUACACUUGUUAGACCAACAUUCAAUACUGGAUAGACCCAUCAGACUGUGCCCAUCAUCACUGUGACAGGCCCAGAGCUGCCAGGGAACAGGGAUUUGCAGCCAUCCCCUGCGGGGGACAAAUAAAAGGGGGUAAAGUAGAAAACAUAAAAAUUAGGUGUUAAUUGAGGAGUUAGAUUAGCAAUGAUUACCGCCAUAACUUCUAUGAAGUUCCCAUAGAAAGAAGCAUCAUUUUCCACGAGCAUGGCUUUAACGGCAGCUUCCAUGCUCUCUGAGAGCAAAGCCACAUUGCUCUCAUAUCCCACCCCAUCCUUCCCUCCGUGUGUCACCAGUUGCCUUUGCCAGCUUGGGUUUGCCACCACAGCCCUUGAUAAAGUGGCACUGGGGACCACUAAAGUGUCCCGUUUCAGCUGUGCCUUAGUGAUGCAUUCAUCCAUAGCUGCCUGCAAAGGGAAAGAAAAAAGCAGGGACUGCUUAUUCAGAAGGAAGUGUUCCCUUUUCCUCUGGCCCCUCCUCUCACUUGCCUUGUCCUUGAGUACUCCUUAUUCCCAGCUGUUAUGUGGAAGCACGGUCCUAUCGUAAGGUGCCGUCCUUCAGGCCAGCUAUAAAGAUGCUCUGGGAUGCAGCAUUCUCCCAGAAGCAGCCCUGCUCCUGCAUCAUGCUGCAGGCCACCAUCAAGCUGUGCUGUGGCAUCGCCCAUGACCACCUCCGCCACCUGCCUGGGUUGAAGACAACAGCCAUUGCAGCAAUACAGAAGGACACAACAGCACUGAUGGUAAGAGGGUCCCACCACCUGUCUUCCAAAAUUCCUUCUUAUAUUCAGAGGCUGAUGGGGAAGAAGACAGCCUGCACUGAGCUGGUUGGAGACACCAGUCCCAGCCAGCUCUCCAGUGUGGACCUCUCCUACAUCACCCAGGGAGAAGCAGCCCUGCAGCAAGCACUGAGCAUCCUGCAGCAGCACACCAGCUGGCAAGCAGAAAUGAUACUGGACAAUGGGGCCACCAUGUCCAGUGCUGCCCUCCCUGGGCUGGGCAAGGUGUUUCGAGCUGAAGUGGUCCUGCCUAUGCCAGUGGCACAGCUGCACCGGGAGCUGUUUGAGAGGAUUGAGCAAAUGCCCCAGUGGAACCCAGCCAUCAGUGCGGUAAAGGUGCUGCAGCGCAUUGGGACAGACACACUGGUGACACACGAAGUCACUGCUCCCAGCCCAGGCAACCUGGUGGGCCAGCGGGAUUUCGUCAGUGUGCGGCACCGCAGGAGGAAGGAGACAGCCAUCUACCUGGUGGGCACUGCCACCCACAUCGAGAAGCUGCCCCUACAGGAAGGGUGCAUCAGGGCCGAGUCCCAGCUGAGCUGCAUAGUUCUGCAGCCACUGGCAGGGGACCCCAGUCGUACCCGCUUCACCUGGCUCCUGAACAUGGACCUGAAGGGCUGGAUUCCCAAGUCGGUCAUUAACCGUGUCCUGCCGCAGUCCCAAGCAGACUUCAUCAAGCACCUUGGCCGGCACCUCUCUACCACUGCAUGCCCUUGAGUUGCAGAAGGAUGCACUCUGUCCAACCACAAGGAACACAGCCUGAGCAGGAGACCCAUUCUUGUCCUGCUCAUUGCUGCCGCAAUCAAGGAUCCACAGCUACCAGCAAUGGGGUGAGAGUGCACCCAGCUGCGGGUGACGGGAUAAAAAUAGUUAACGAAAUGGAUCCAGGCGUUAUCGCCCUGGUCCGGCUUAAGCCUUUGGGAAUGGUAAAGAAAAUACCAGGUGCUGUUGCCCUGAUGAGGCCUAAGCCUUGGGAACUGUAAAGAGAACAAUGAAGGGUAAACAUUGGUUAGCAAAACAAAGCAGGCAGUUUGCAAGAUAAAGCAGGAUGUGCAUCUCAAAGACAGAAGAAACUCUGAAUACCUGUAACCCUUAGUAGUUUUGCUAAAUCGGGAUGAUAAGGGAGUAAAAGAGUGGAAAGUUACUGCUUAGCACUUAGUAGACUAUAAAAGGGAUGCAAA